AUGGAGACUUCGGAAUUGAAGGAUGCAUUUAAAAGAUUGAAGCGCUUCUGUCAUCGCAACUCCAAGGCUCCGGAAUUGGAGGAUCCACUCGAAUCUGAUGAUGAUGUCGAACAACUCAUCUUAUGUUGUGGUUUCAUCGCAUCUCUAACUAUGCUCAUAGCAGUUACUUUCAUCGUCCUCUCCCUCACGGUUUUUCAUCUCCACAACCCAAAACUCACGGUUGAUUCCAUAUCUUUCAUCCAAGGGUUGGAAUUCGUCCGCGGUAAAGUCAACACGAACCGGAACGUUACAGUCUCAGUCCAAAUCUCAUUACAUAACCCAAAUCCAGCAUCGUUUAAAGUGAGAUAUGUUAGGCUUUUUUUUAGACACGGUGAAUCCGUGGUAACUGGGGAAAGUAUUCAAAGAAGUGAAACUAUUCCAGCGAAACAGACGGUUAAGAUGAGUCUGACGGCUGAGAUUGUUACAACAAAGCUAUUAGCAUCUGUUCCAGGUUUCAUGGAUGAUUUAAAUGGAAGAGGAGUGGAAUUGAAAAGUAGUGUUGAAAUUAGAGGUAUAGUGAAGAUAAUGAAGAUUUCUAAGAAAUCUGCUCAUCUUAUGAUAGAUUGA